AUGCCCAUGACUCGCCAACCUCGCCAGACAGGAGGCGAGAUGGUGUCUUUUGACCACUUUUCGCAGGAGACCAUUGUUCCUCUCAAAGAUCUCACUCACUGGCCUAGAGCCGUUGUAUGUCCGGCGUGUAUGGAGCCAUCCAUCACGCGUGUUCGAGUCAAGAUCUGCACUGGUACACAUCUAAUGGCGAUGCUGCUUUUUGUCUGCACAGUUGUCGGGAGCGUGAUCCCUUACGCUUCCAAGAAUUUCAAGGACGUCGAACACUACUGCUGUCGAUGCAAUCGCAGACUCGUUACGCAUCACUUCCAGACUGGCACAGAGAUUCAUGUAUUUUAG